UAAAGAACCCCCUUUAAUUUGUCAGCAUUUAUCGGUUUAUGGGCAUUACUUGUUGAAUUUUCCAAAGAAAAUAGUAAUAAUCUCUCUCUGAUCUUUUGUUCCCUUUCAAAAUGUACUUUCGUGGUUUUUCUUCCUUAGCCUUUUGUAUUACAUUCAUAAUCUUCUUCUUUUGCCUUUUGUUUCCUGUUCAUGGCCGCUGGCAUAACCAUGCAAAGAAACACAAACAACAUUCUCACCAUCAUAACCAUUUCACCAUUUCCCAACCUCCUUCUCCUCCUCCGACGAGUCCUCCCGACGAUGACGACAAUGGAGGGUCAUCGUCCAUUAACUCCACCGGCAUUUUUGACGUACGAAAUUUUGGCGCCAUUGGAGAUGGCACUGCCGACGACACGAUGGCGUUCAAGAUGGCAUGGGACACAGCCUGUCAAAGGGACGAUGAUGACGACAAUUAUGCAGUUAUUCUCAUUCCCUAUGGCUUCUCGUUUAUGAUUCAGUCGACUAUUUUUACAGGACCAUGCAAAAACGGCGUCGAGUUUCAAGUUGGUGGCACUCUCAUGGCUCCCGACGGGCCUGACGCUUGGCCGAAGAGUUAUAGUGCUCACCAAUGGUUGGUUUUUUACCGAGUUUAUAACAUGUCGCUUCGAGGAAAUGGUCUUAUUGAUGGCCGAGGCCAAAAAUGGUGGGAUCUUCCUUGCAAGCCCCACAAGGGAGUAAAGGGAAGAACAAUGUCAGAACCUUGUGAUAGUCCAAUUGCUAUAAGAUUCUUCAUGAGCUCAAACUUGACAGUGGAAGGACUAAGAAUUAAAGACAGUCCUCAAUUCCACUUCAGAUUUGACAAUUGUAAAGAUGUUAUUAUUGAUGGAAUUCACAUAACAGCUCCUGCUUUGAGUCCAAAUACUGAUGGAAUUCAUAUUGAAAAUACAAAUGGUGUUCAGAUUUUCAAUUCAGAAGUUGCCAAUGGUGAUGAUUGCAUUUCAAUUGGAUCAGGUUCAUAUAAUGUUGACAUAAGAAACAUUACAUGUGGACCAGGCCAUGGAAUUAGCAUUGGUAGCCUAGGCAAUCACAAUUCCCGAGCGUGCGUGUCGAACAUAACAGUUCGAGACUCGAUAAUCAAGGUCUCGGACAACGGUGUUCGGAUCAAGACAUGGCAGGGUGGAUAUGGAGCUGUAAGAGGAGUAAGUUUCAACAACAUUAAUAUGGACAAUGUUAGGAACCCUAUAAUCAUUGAUCAAUUCUAUUGCCUCAACAAAGGAUGUCUCAAUCAAACUUCAGCUGUGGUUGUAUCAGAUAUAACCUAUGUUGACAUCAAAGGAACUUAUGAUAUUAGAAGCCCACCAAUGCAUUUUGGUUGUAGUGAUUCUAUGCCUUGUAUGAACCUAACACUUGCCAAUAUUGAGCUUUUUCCUUCUAAAGGUGAGGUUUUGUUGGACCCCUUUUGUUGGAAUGCUUAUGGGAACUUGCAAACCCUAACAAUACCACCAGUUGCUUGCUUGCUUGAAAGCUCCUCAAGGUCUUUCUUGGAAAGUGAAAAGGAUUAUUGUUAACCCCAAUUUGUUAUAUGCCAACUACUUUGUAACAUAUAGUCAAAAUAUCUCUACUUGAGAUGUGUGCCAAAGGAGAGUGUUUUUAAAAAGAUCUCCCUAUAAAUGAAUCAAUAAUAAUAUUAUAA